CUCCGUCUCUGACCACUAUACUGACCUUCACGGGUAUAAAACAAUGGCGGGUUGGCAGAGGAAUUUACAGAUUGUUAUUCGUCAAGUUGGUAGAAGAGUGAAGAACAGUCACAUUUCGACGGCAAAUUACUCUUCCACACGGAAUUUGGAAUCCCCUUUCUCACAAGGUUAUUUGCAGAGUCUCUUGAGACCAACCUAUUCCUCAAGGCCACUGUAUUAUAAUCUUCAACAACUGGGAAUUUCUACCUCAAGACAAUUGCAGGCGGGUGAAGAGCCUGUAUCAUCACCUUUGUCAUCCCCAGCUCUGUUGGGUAGUGGAAAAGAAGAAGAGCAGAAGAUUAUCCCAAAGCGUCAGAAAGUUCAGGCUGUCCUCAAGUCCAUAAAGCAGAGUCCUAAGAAGGUCAACCUGGUUGCAGCACUGGUCCGUGGCAUGCGUGUUGAAGAUGCUUUGAUGCAAUUGCAGGUCACGGUCAAACGGGCUUCACAAACCGUGUACCGGGUUAUACACGCUGCCCGGGCAAAUGCUACUCAUAACCAUGGACUAGAUCCUGACCGUCUCCUUGUUGCGGAAGCGUUUGUUGGGAAGGGACUCUUUGGGAAGAAGGUAGCUUACCAUGCAAAAGGAAGAAGCGGGAUAAUAUCAAUACCGAGGUGUCGUCUAACAGUGAUAGUUAGAGAGACGACUCCAGAGGAAGAAGCUGAGAUUGCAAGGCUGAAAGUUCACAAUUUUAAGAAGCUAAGCAAGAGACAGAGACAGCUUGUACCACACAAGUUGAUCGAGACAAGUCCAAUCUGGAACCGCAGAGGUACCAAAGACAGUCAUCGGUCAUCAGAGCUGGUACCGUCUCACUAAUAUCGGCAACUGUAACCAGAGCUUCUCUUUGUUGUGGUUUGAUAUCGUAGUAUUCAUUCUCCUUGUAUACCUUUGUUGAGGUUGCCAGAGAGGAACCAAAACUCACUUAAACAGAAGCGUCUCCGUUUUCUUUUCUCCGAGUCUCUCUAUAUGCUGUUUUUGGACUUAUUUUCUUACUUUAAAAACAUAUUUAAAGUCAUUUUUCAAUAUAUAUGAAUUAAAGAAAACUGUAAUCUUGUAAAUAUAAUUAACAGGUAUAC